GCCGACUAGCAAAUUUGACAGUACCAUCGUCCUAGCCUAUACGCUUGCCUUUCCUUUAUUUCUUGAAAAUUUGUAUAUUGGCCUGUUGAAUAUCAUUUCCUACUGCAAAAAAUAAAUCGGAAACAAUAAUAAACCGACACGUAUUGAUAAAAUUUCGUAGGUCGUCACUUUGUCCUUGACAUCUGUACUUUUGGUUCAACAAAUGAAUAGUCCUAUUUACAUAUUAGGUGCUGGUAGUAUAGGCAGUUUGCUUGCCUGCGAAUUAGCGAGUAUACCUUCUAUACGACGUGAUAUUGUUUUAUUGCUCAGAAACCAAACGAGAGCUGAGCAAUUUAGGGCAAAACAAUCAUUAAUGACCAUUGAACGCAAUUUUGAGCAAGGGAGCCCUCAGUAUCAAACAAAACUGGAAGCUAAGUAUCCCGCUGAAUUGAACGUGGAUACGAUUGAGAAUUUGAUCGUCACCACCAAAACUGUACACACGGAAAAGGCUCUUUCCAACUACCUUCCCUUUUUAAAUGAAAAAUCCAACAUUUUAUUUGUCCAAAACGGUUUGGGCGUGAUUGAGCAUUUGAAAAGAGUGAUAUGGACCAACGAAAGCAAAACCCCCAAUCUUUACCAAGGAAUCACCACCCAUGGAUGCUUCCAGAGACAAGAUUUUCAUUUCGUGCAUGCUGGUUUAGGAAAUUUGAAGAUCGCCAAAGUCCCUUCCGUCGACAAAUCCUCUUCGACUGAUGGUGCUUGUUCUAUGGUGGAAGAACUUAUGAAAUCCAAAACACUAAACACAAGUUACUUGCCAUACGAUGAAUUAAUUGUUUCUCAGUGUGAGAAACUCGCAGUUAAUGCAUGUAUGAACCCCAACACUGCUAUUCUCGAUUGCUUAAAUCGAGAAUUAUCCAACAUUGAAGCAGUUAAGCUUCUUUUCAAAAACAUCAUCACCGAGUGUGUAGAUGUCUUUUUUAGAUGUAUACCAAAUUUGUCUGAAAACGAAAUGGCUAGACGAACACUGGAUAUUCCUAGACUCUUAGAAUUGGUGAUGUAUACGGGUUUUGAGGUCUGUGGUAAUAAUAGUUCUUCCAUGAGACAAGACACUUUAUAUAAAAGAGACACAGAAAUAGAUUCUAUUAAUGGUUGGAUUGUCAAACUGGCAGACGAAGUUGGAUACCCAGCUAAUGUGAAUAAGACCAUUACCCUAUUGGUAAAAGCUAGAACACAGAUAAAUCAAAGACGCACCUAAAGAAUUCGUGGUUUCUUCUUGUCAGGUUCAAUAUCUGCUGAAAAAUCUAUGAUUUAGUGUUGUCGUUGUUGUUUUUCUUUUUUUUUCUAAUACGUUUUAACCAGACUUAGACGAGAAAAAGGUUGGCGGUCUAAAUUUCAUGAAAGAGUCGGAAACGGUAUUAAAUAGAUUUUUAUCUCCAAAAACAAGGUUAUAAUUAUGCCUUGGAGUUGUCAACCACUUAGAAUGUGUAUUGUCAAAUGUAGAGUGAAUGAAACUGCUUGUUCAUUUCCAGGAAUAGACUCGGAAGGGAAUUUAACCAUUACACAUCUUUCCAG